UUCUGCCCUCCCGGCGCUCAUUUCCCAGCACAAUGAGGCCGUGGCUGCUGCUUCUGUCCCUGCUCGUCUCUGACCUGAGUCCCCUCGGAGACGGGGACGGGGUCAUGGAAAACUACAGCUGGAGUUUGUACAGAAAACUGCUUCUCAAUGGACAGAUGAGUCCCAGAGGACCGGAGAGGCUUCGGACCCAAACUGAACACUGCUGUGUGUUUAUCCAGAGGAGCUGUGUGUGCGUCGCUGUGCAGCACAAACACAGGACCUCCCCCUCCUUCCUCUGGGCGUUCACCGUCCACGUCGGUCAUGGAUGCUGCUCGUAUCAUCAGGAAGUUUCAGGAAUAAUUCACAGGAAACACACUCCAGCACUGGUUCUUAAAUUUCACGACGAGGGAAAAAGUAUUCCGGCGUUUCUGCUGAAGUCUGAUGUUCUCCCGGCGCUGCGUGUCCUGAGUGAAAUCAGGCCGACGGAGGCUGGUGGGAGAACCGGUCGUAUUGGCUUGAACGUAAUGAAAGAUCUCCCUGACGCGGGGUCCGUAUGGUCGCUCCGUCAUCACCCAGCCGCCUCGGGCCACAACAUUCAGGCUUUCUCACUGGAGAAAUCCAAGAGCUGGGCACCGGCCACUAUUGUUCACAGGCAGAAAAUGCUGACAGAAAGAUGCUGUGCUGCUGCAGCGGUGAUUAUUUCCUGCUGUUUCCAAAGAGGUGAAACAAGGUCAGCGCUGAAAAUCAAGAGACAGGCAGCACAAAUAAGACGAAAAGAGAGCACACGGAGAGCGAUGGGCAUACAAGCAGGACAAAGGUCUUGGAAAGCUGCUCGUCUGCGCUCAGUGAAAACCUCAGAUGCAUCCCAGUUCCAGACUCAGAGACGUGCAGUCAGAAUCAUAAGGAGAAAUGAACCCUUCAACUUGGAUAAAUGGCAAGGAAGUGUUCAGAGGCAGCGCUCUUUAAAACCUUCGUAUGAUGAUGAUGGAUUCGUUGUUAAGAGGCAGCGCUCGCUGGUGCCCAGACAGAGGGCAGCGUCCAUAAAUAGACUGAAGUGUACGAUGAGGGCUGCUCGGGUUGGUGAUAAAGAGGAUUUCAAUGCGAAGAUAAUUGCAAAACAAGCAGAGUUCAGACGGCCAGGGGGAGGAAGCGAAACGGGACGAUCACAUACAAACCCUGACGAAAACGGAGAGCGGGGGAGAUUAGCGCACAUCCGACGAGCAGGCCGAACACACAGAGCCGACGAUAACGGUGUCGAUCGCGAGCAGAUGCUCACCCUGCGAAAAAACAUCAUUCCGAACACCGACACUGGCUGGGAAACAGUAAAUAUACCCAUAAAGGAGCUGGAUGGCCCCCCAGCCACAACUAAAGUUUUAAAGGAAAACUUUAUUUUUCAAGGAGAUAACUCAAAGUGUAAAUGCUUGAGAGAAAUUGCAUUGUUAUUGGAAAUAUAUGCACAAGACAGAACAGAGGGAAUGAGUUUAAAACCUGCAGAAAGUGCAGCUGAAGUAACGAUGGCGCCCGCGAGAACCGCGGGAGAGGUGACGGGCGGCACGGAGACCAUCAGCAGCAGCAGCACGCCUCCUGGAAAUACGAGCGUAAAUCAAGUAACUAAACAGGACGAAGGUGAGCCAUCAGAGGAAUCAGUCAUCCCGUCACCUCCCUCGCUCACAACGACGGAAACAGAGACUGUAACGGCGGGGCAGACAGCAGAGACGACAACAGCAAACAUGGAGAUAAAAGAGACGCCGUCGAGUACGGAUGUUUUCAAUCAACGCAGCACGCAGCCAGCAGACAGACGCAGUACAGAGGAGACCCCGAACACCAAACUGAGUCCAGAAUCUGAGACCGAGCCCGGAUAUGAUCUCAAUAAUAAUAACAAUACCACGCAAGCUGAGACGCAAACGUCAUUCUUUGGCCUCAGGAUGAGAGAAGACGUCCUGAAAGAUACGAGCAGACUUCACGAAGGCGCAGAGAGCGAGGGAACAAACAGGCCAGGAAACAAAAGAAACGAGGAUCCAAACAUGAACUCAUUUACAUUUCCUUCACAGACGAGCCACAAACAAGACACAGACACGCUUCAGGAACCUGCCGAUGACGACGUGCCUCUCUGUGGAGGUUUGGUUCAUCGCACCGACGCCGGCUGGAAACACUGCGUGGAGAGAUCUGCAGGAGCCGGAUUAAAGACGUCCUCCUCAGAGGAGCGCACCGACUCUGAUCUGGAUGACGACGAGUACGAUCACUUCUAUUAUUUGGACGGAAAACUGAGAAGAGUUCAAAAGAAUUUUUACCCUUAUCACAGGGGACAAAGUCGGCGAGGGAGCACAGACGACAGUGAAUUCAGAGUGAGGAGAAGAGACACUCAGGAAAAUCUGCUCGGUUUUAUCCGACAGCUCGCUUUAAGGAAUAAAGCCAGUCGCCUCAGAUGAUCAGGCGCUCAGGAUGAUGUGCAGAGACACACUCAGAGAUAGUAAAAAAUGAAAAAUACACAGAGUGACUCGAGCACACGAAAUACAGAAACUCAAAACUGUGAUGUCUAUUUUUAACCUGCUGGCAAGAAAAGCAACGCGACUGAAGAUCUGAGUCGGCCAUGUGAGGACGUCGUCAACUCUCAUCAGUUUAGCUCUGCUUCGUACUUUGGGCGUGGAGAUUAUGUCCAUCGAAUUAACUUACAACACAACUUCUACCUCUGAAUGUAGCAGCCGUCUGUAGAUUUGCCUUCUAGAAAAUAAUCCCUCCCGUUUGACAGUCGCAUUAGAUUUUACCAGGCUGUAAUGAUGUGUGAGUGACAAGAAUAGACCUCUGGCCAAAAUGGAACUGGGGGUCUGUUUGUGAAUUUACCCGAGUCAAACGGCGAGCGGAUCAAGCAUCUGCUAACUUGAGUUGUUCAAAAAUGUUCUUUUCAGGAAACUCUGUGUACACAAACAAUGUUCUCAACGCUUGUGUUCUCAUAUGUAGAGACCCUGGUGAUACUAUGAGCAAAGUUUCCUGUUGUGUCGAGCCUUCUUAGUGUUAACAUAGUAUUUGCCCCACGCACUCCCAUUGCACAUGAGUUUGACCAAAAAAUGAAAAUACGGUCAAUCUUAAAAGUGGCGCUUUCAUCGUAAUUAUGCUUUUAAACGAACAUUUGACUCGGGUACUUUAAAAAAAAGACCCUAGGUUGCAUUUUGGAGAGAGUUUCACUUUAACUUUUGAUGCAGAUCUGAGACAGGAUUCUUUAACUUAGUGACAUUUUUUUGACAUUGUUAUUAACUGGCCAGUUCUUAAAUAUUGCACCUUCCAUGUUCAAAAUCAGUGGAGCUCCCCUUUAAUGUGUACUGAACAUGUACUGUGUUUAUUUGUCUUCUGUGACUGUAAGUAAAGUAAGUACGUAUUAUCAUCAUCGCUGUUAAAUCUAAAGAUAGACAUUUAAAAUAUAUACAAAAUAUAUUUAAAAACAUUAUGAAAAACAAUAUUAGAGUCACUUAUGACCUACAUACUUCAUACUCCUGCAGAAAUGUAUUUCUUUGGACAUUUUUCUAGUUGAAGCCUAUAAAGGCUAUAAAGAUAUAAUUUAGAUUGUAGCCACGCUUGUGGUUUUCUCUGGGUAGGAAAUAGACAGAUUAAUAUGAAAGUUUGGGAUUUAGUCCAUUUGCUUAAAUACAAAUCACAUGAUCAUUUUUGUAAUUAGCAACAUAAUCCAUUGGAUGACAUAAUAAUGCUUUUCGAUUUUACUAUUAAAAUUCAAGGAUCCACUCAAAAUGUUUAUCCAUCAAAAAUACAAUUAAAGGAAGUCACCAUUUACACAAUAGUAAAAGUACUAAUUUACCUAGAUAUAUGUAAGAACAUAAAUCUAGUUUCAUAAUUUGAAAUCAAGAUCAAACAUGUAAAUGAACAGUAACUGUAAUCUUAUUAUACUUCUUUUCAAAUGUAAUCUGGGCAGGUCAUCAAUUUCUGUGUGAUGACCUUAUUUUAAUGACAAACCUGUGAAAUAUACAGCAAUAUCACACAUUUUAUAACUGUAACCAAACAUGAAAACAUCAGUAACUUCAAAACAACUCAAAGAUGUGCAAUCUGUACAAAACAUUUAUUUGAAAUUGACAAAAAAAAACAGCUUAGAUGUAUUUGCAUAAUUUAUAUCUGAAAUCCAUGACAAGCAAACAAUAACUAAGGGGAGAAAUGGCUUGAGGGCAACGCUGAGCCGGAUGUGUUAACACAAGUAAAAAGGCAGUUAAUUGAACAGCUCAGGACGUGUAAUGAAAUAUGUAAAAAGAAAAAAAAAAA